UCAGGUUGGCGUCGAGGAUCAAAGCGAACAGGGCGGCGAUGGGGAAAAACGAGUUUCUGACGCCGAAGGCGAUCGCGAACAGGAUCAAGGCGAAAGGGCUGCAGAAACUCCGAUGGUACUGCCAGAUGUGCCAGAAGCAGUGCCGGGACGAGAAUGGCUUCAAGUGCCACUGCCUCAGCGAGAGCCACCAGCGCCAGAUGCAGGUCUUCGGCCAGAACCCCACCCGCAUCGUCGAGGGUUACUCCGAGGAGUUCGAGCGAACUUUCCUCGAUCUCGUUCGCCGCUCCCACCGCUUCUCCCGCGUCGCCGCCACCGUCGUCUACAACGAGUACAUAGCCGACCGCCACCACGUCCACAUGAACUCCACCCGAUGGGCCACCCUAACGGAAUUUGUCAAACACCUCGGCCGCGCUGGUCACUGCAAGGUCGAGGACACCCCCAAGGGAUGGUUCAUGACUUAUAUUGAUCGCGAUUCCGAGACAAUCUUCAAGGACCGCCUCAAGGCCAAGCGACUCCGUGCGGAUCUGGUCGACGAGGAGCGCCAGGAACUCGCAAUUGCCCUCCAGAUAGAGCGCGCUGCUUCCCUCGCUUCCACCUCAUCUAAUCUACCCGAGGGUGCUACAGAUCCCAACCCGAUCGUUCCUAUGAAAUCUGAGGUCGGAGGGAAAAUUGCUUUUUCGUUUCAGCCCGCAUCCUCUUCGAAGUCGAAUCACGUGGACGAGCAUUCCUCCAAUAUUUCAAAGUUAGGGUUUGAUGAAGGGGCGGAUGCACGGUCUGAAAGUAGAGAUAAAAAACGCUCUAAAUCUGCCCCUUCUGAUGGCGGAGGAAAGUUGUCUGCUCUUGAAGAACUCAUGAAAGAAGAAGAGAAGGCAAAAGAGAAGAGCAACAGGAAGGACUACUGGCUUUGCGAAGGUAUUGUGGUGAAAAUGAUGAGCAAGACCCUGUCAGAUAAAGGGUACUACAAGCAGAAAGGGAUUGUUAAACGGGUAAUUGAUAAAUAUGUGGGGGAGAUUGAGAUGCUGGAAAGCAAACAUGUGCUUAGGGUCGACCAGGUGGAGCUGGAGACUGUGAUACCUCAGAUUGGCGGACUUGUAAGGAUCGUGAAUGGAGCUUAUCGAGGAUCAAAUGCAAGGCUGUUAUCAGUAGACAUGGAGAAAUAUUGUGCAAAGGUUCAGAUUGAGAAGGGGAUUUAUGAAGGAAGGAUUCUGAUGGCUGUCGUGUACGAGGACAUUUGCAAGAUUAUGCAUUGAAGGUUAAUAAAGGCUGCUGCUUAGGGUCAUAUUCUGCAACUUUUUUUUGGCUGAUCUGGCAGCUUUGUAUCUGUAUUUUUAGGCAGCCAUUUUGGUAGGACCUGCCAUUUGAUAGUUUCUGCCUCCUAUGAUUUGGGAUACUUGUAGUUAGUUUUCUGGGUAUUUGAACUUUAUCGCUUUAUCAACUAUUUCAGACAUUCUACUCGA